CAGGAGCAAUUGGCCAGAGGGAGAGCUCAGUCUGCAAAGGCCCCUAAACCCCCGCCAACCUCUGCACUUCGGUGUGCGCUCAUCAGAUCUCGCACAUUCUCAGCACCCAGGUGGUGCGAGAACACGCAACCAAUCAGAGCAGGUGCGCCGUCGCCAUAAUUACUUCGGUCGGAAAUGGGAGGAGACGCGUCGUGUUUGGAGAACACCGUGGGAAGCGACUGGCCGACGACGCUGGCGAGAGCCUGCCCGCAGUCAAGAUGGCGUCUCUUGUUUCACUGACGGGGAACCAGUGCCCGGACGACUUCCGGGGGGUGCCGCGGGACCAUGGAUUCUUAUGAUACCUCAGCAUCGACUCCUGGACAAAGUACAUCUUUAAAGCUUAAAUAUUAUACUGCAACUGCAACCCCUCUGCAGAAACAAUUAGAAUCAGCCAGGAAACAUACUUUGCCUGUCCUGACUCCACAUCGAAGGAAAAUUCCCCAGGAAAAUAUUGAUCCUGAAGAGGCUGCAUUCCUUCUGCAUAAACAGUGGACUUUAUACAGUGUGACUCCCUUAUAUAAAUUUUCCUACACUAAUCUUAAAGAGUAUUCCAGACUUUUGAGUGCAUUUAUUGCUGCUGAAAAGCAAAAAGGACUUGCUGUAGAAGUAGGAGAAGACUUCAACUUCAAAGUGAUUUUCUCUACUCUCCUAGGAAUAAAAGGAACACAAAGGGAUCCUGUGGCAUUUCUGGUCCAGAUUCUGUCAAAAUCACAAUUGCCAUCUGAGAACAGAGACGAUAAAGUGCUGUGGACUGGUUGGUUCUGCUGUGUAUUUGGAGACAGUCUUUUGGAGUCUGUUUCAGAAGAUUUUACCUGUUUACCCCUAUUCCUUGCAAAUGGAGCAGAGUCUAAUACGGCCAUAAUUGGAACCUGGUUUCAGAAAACUUUUGAUUGUUCUUUCAGUCCCUUAGCAAUCAGUGCAUUCAAUCUUUCCUGGAUGGCUGCAAUGUGGACAGCAUGCAAAAUGGAUCAUUACGUGGCUUCUGUGGAAUUUCUGUGGUCUGUACCAUGUAGCCCUCAAAGUCUGGACAUCUCUUAUGCUAUACAUCCAGAGGAUGCAAAAGCUUUGUGGGACAGUGUCCACAAAACACCUGGGGAAGUUACCCAGGAAGAAGUUGACUUAUUCAUGGAUUGCCUUUAUUCACAUUUCCAUAGGCAUUUCAAAAUUCACUUAUCAGCCACAAGAUUGAUUCGUGUUUCAACAUCUGUAGCUUCAGCACAUACUGAUGGAAAAGUAAAGAUUUUGUGUCAUAAAUACCUUAUUGGAGUUUUGACAUAUUUGACGGAACUGGCAAUUUUUCAAAUUGAGUGAGGCCUUGUGUGGAUUAUGAAUUUUGCAUCGUAUCCCUUUUUCUCACUGGUUCUAUGCCUCAUUGCUAUGCUAAGAAGUACUAGAGGAGAAUGGCAUCUAUCGCUCUUCUUUGUUUUCCUCCCAGUGGUUUUGGAAUUGCCCAGAUGGACACCACAAGAAUAAUCAGAGCAAUGACAGUGGUAGUAGAUGAAACAUAGCCAGACACUUAGAUAAUAUUGUGAUCGUCAAAGGUGCCAGUCUUUUAGAAAAUGUUGACUGUCUUCCUAAAAUAUAUGUGUUUAUUAUGUCAAGUGUUUGGGAUUCAAGUAUGCUGUCUCUAAUAUUUGAUAUUUCUGAUUUGGGUCUUUAAUGCAUUUAAUCUCUUUUAAGCACUUUAAACUUUUUUUAAAGAGGCAAUUUCUGCCUUCUAAAGACUUUUUUUUUUCUCCCAACAUCUUUGCUGGGGCAUUACACUUUUGAGUUUUCUCUCUCUCUCUCUCUCUCUCAAUAGAAAGUGAGAGAUAUAGAGAAUCAAAGAAAGAUAGACAUGGCAACACUGCUCACUACUUGUGAAGCUUCAUGUGGUGAGAUAACUUCUAGCCCCUAAAGACAUUUUCUUACUGUUUUGUUGUAGAGAACUAACAACUAAUCUCUUCAGAGGAGGGCCAGAGAGAUAGCUUGCUGGGAAGGGGGUAGUGCCUUGCCAUGUGCAGAGGUUCAAACCUCAGUACCAUAUGGGAGAGCCAUGGUACUAAAAGAAGCUCUAAUGCUAUUCUCCCCCCCCCCCUUUCUCUGUCUGAUCAUUCAGUGGUCCAAAGUAGUGAAAUCAUACUGUGUGAGGCCCCAACUCUGGGGGAAAAAAUAUUCAGAGGUAAAUAAAGACUGACAUAAAAUUUCAAAA